AUGGUGCCGCAUCGCAUGCUUUUCGGAAAUAUGCUCCGCGAAAUCAUUUUGUUUGGGAUAUAUCUCGUCGGGGUGUGUGGCGAUGAGAGCUGGUGCAAAGCGACGCCGCAGGCUGGACUUCCCGCCUAUGGUCGUUGUCUUCCCGUGGACCAAGCAAUGGCUCGUUAUGUUGUGCAAGUGGCUCCUCUUGCUGCAUUCGGGCUAGAGGUGAAGUAUGUCGAACUUGUUUUCAUUGGAGGCGGAGUUCACCCGCGGGCCAGAAUUUCUCUUAUAGGUUCUUCGCGGAGCUCCGGCCCGAAAGUGUUGGAGGGAAGCUUUCCCCCUGGAAGCAACAGAGCCAUCAGGCUGCAGGCUGCAGACGUCGGCGAAUUGCAGGCAAUAGUCCUCAGCAACGACUCAGCAGCAGCCCCCUGGUUCUGCAAACAUAUCACAGUGCGCUCCGAAGGGAAAGCUGCCACUUUCAAAGUUGGGAAAUGGGUCGGAGUGCCAUAUCCCUCUUCUGUGUACGUCCCGCGGUACCCAACUGGCUUGGAGUUGACGCCUCAAGACAUAGACUGCCACACGCGGGCUGCAGACGUCUUCGAGGGACACCCAGGCGCAGCAGCAGCAGCAGCAAGAGUCCACUGCCCCACAAACUGCCAAGCCUCAGAAUUUGCCCACACUCAAGGCGCCUCUCUUCACCCGGCUCUUUCUUCGAUCUGCACUGCUGCAAUUCUUGACGGCUUGCUGACGCCCUCUGGGGGCGAUCUCGUGUUGACUGCAGUUGGACCAGUGGACCAGUACACUGGAACUGCUUACAAUGGCAUUGACUCUGUAGACUUCGCGUACUCCGUGGACAGAAAGCAAUACAGCUUCCACAUGUACCUUGUCGGUGAGUGA